GGUUCCGGGGCGGCGCUAUGUAUUGCGGCGCCGCGGCGCUGAGGAGAAGCUGGCGGCGGUGGCAGGGUGGGUUCCGCUGAGGCGGCUGUGGCCGAGAUCUCCCGGUUUCCCUCUCCACUAUGUCUGAGGCGACGGUGGCCGACACGCGGCGCCUCAAUUCCAAGCCGCAGGACCUGACGGACGCCUACGGGCCGCCCAGCAACUUCCUGGAGAUCGAUAUCUUCAACCCGCAGACCGUGGGCGUCGGGCGGGCCCGAUACACAAGCUACGAGCUCCGCAUGAGAACAAAUCUGCCUAUCUUCAAACUGAAAGAGUCUUGUGUGAGGCGACGAUAUAGUGACUUUGAAUGGCUGAAAAAUGAGCUGGAGCGUGACAGUAAGAUUGUAGUGCCUCCGCUGCCUGGCAAAGCCUUGAAACGCCAGCUUCCUUUCCGAGGAGAUGAAGGCAUCUUUGAGGAAUCCUUCAUAGAAGAAAGAAGACAGGGCUUAGAACAGUUCAUAAACAAAAUUGCUGGACACCCGCUGGCACAGAACGAGCGCUGCUUACACAUGUUCCUGCAAGAGGAGACCAUCGAUAGGAAUUAUGUCCCAGGGAAAGUCCGCCAGUAAGGGAGUCUGGCUUUCUCCAUUUUCUCUCUCCCUGUGCAAAAAUGACAUUUAUUUUUACACUGUCUCUUCUGAACCAGCUUCUUUCUCUUUAAACCUCCCCACUUGUCCAGUGUUGCCUGCCACACCACCCCAUCCCACCCCCUUGUCAGGCAGCAGCGUUUAGUUCUGUUGGUCUUUGGUCUCUGCAUAAAAGGGGAGCACCUGUGAAGAGCUGUGCCUGUUGGUAGAUGGCUAAAGCUUGCUGAAAAUGAGCUGGGAACUAGCAUAAGGUAUUGCAGCAUGCAUCAGAGCUGUUUUUCUUCCUUUUUGUAAAGAUGUGGAGAACUCUGAAGCCCAUACAUGUGUUCCUUGCCACAGGUUUCUUGGGGAGAACAUGGUCCUGAGGCUCCUUUCCUUGGCCGUUGCAGCGAUGUACUUCCUGUUAGCGUUUGUGCCCUUCACCCCAGAAUUAUUAAACUUGGGACUCGUAAGCGAAGUGUCUUCCUUAACUUACUGGGAGGAUACUGUAGACCAGAAACGGCUUGGAAGCUCCCUUUGUUGAGCAGCAAGGCCUUCUGAGGGAGUUUACAAGCUGCCAUCAUGCAUGAGCUCAGACCCUCGUUUCCCUACCAGUGUCUUUGGAGGUUCCAGCUGCUAAUCCUGUCCCAAGAAACUUUGGGCUUUGUAGAGGAGGCAGCAGAUGAAGGCUUGCUACCCAAAACAUGAGGCACCUUUUGAUCGCUGCUACUUAUAGUAGCAGAGAGGUUUCCCCCAAAUGUGCAAGGCAAAAGCAGAAUCCUGUGGAGACCUGGGCAAGUGAAGCCUCUGUGACUCCUUGGCUGGCUCUUAAUUGUAAAAUCUGUAGAACAGUGUUUCUCCAAGGAUUCACCCUGCUGGGUUAAAAAGUGGAACAAGUACUUUAACCUAAGGAGUGUUUGGCAUACAGCUUCUAUACUGAUGGAUGCCCCCAUCUGGUCUCAUGUCUGUGUCCAUCUGAGGUUAUAGUGCAAAGUUCUCUACCAUUUGUUUAAUAUUUAAUCUGUUGGGAGGUCUUGUAGAUGACCAUGGCUGUUUUCAUGCUAUCUAUGGAGCCUCUUCAGUUGAUCUGAACAAGGACUUCUUAAUCCCCCCAAAAUUUGGGCCUGCAAUGGGGUUAGGGGAGAAGAGAGGAGUAUGAACCCACAUAAAAAAGUGACUUUAAUUAAAAUGUUGCCUCUUCUGCACCUUGCA